AUGGUUCUCCACAACCCAAACAACUGGCAUUGGGUCAGCAAGAAUGCCGGUGAAUGGACUAGGCAAUGGUUCGAAGAGAAUCUACCCAAGAUCUCGGCUGAAGAUGGAGAGGUCACUGCCAAGAUUAAUAAAGUUGUCAGCAUGGACGGGGAUGUUGACGUGAGCCAACGGAAAGGCAAAGUCAUUACCAUCUACGACGUUAAGCUCGUCUUAGAAUACUCUGGAGCUGCCCCCGGAGAAGAGAGCGUCUCGGGUACUAUCACCGUGCCCGAAGUUGCCCAUGAUACUGAGGAAGAUGAUUUUGUUUUCGACAUAGAUAUCUACUCGGAGUCGCAGGAAAAGCAACCGGUAAAGGAUCUAGUUCGCUCCAAGAUCACACCACAGCUACGGAAGGAAUUCGCGAAGCUUACACCUGCUUUGAUUGCCGAACAUGGUAAGGAUAUCCAACACGCUGCUGGCACAAAUCCAUCGAGUGGAUUUACUGCGCCUAAAUACCAUGUGCCUUCUGGUGCUACACCGAAGGCCGAUGCUGGUGCCAGCACCCAGAAGAACAGUGGUAGCGUCGUUAACACGACAACGGUAACUGAUCAGGAGGAGUUCCGAACUACCGCUGCCGAGUUGUACCAGACGUUUACCGACCCGCAACGACUAGCUGCCUUCACUCGUGCACCUCCAAAGAGAUUUGAUGGGGCCCAAAAAGGUGGCAAGUUUGAGCUGUUCGACGGCAAUGUCUCCGGCGAAUACGAAGAACUUGAGGAGCCGACCAAGAUCGCCCAGACGUGGCGGCUGAACCAAUGGCCAGCCGGCCAUUACUCUAAACAAGUGAUUGAGUUCGACCAGAAUGAUGUAGACGGCGUAACCGUGAUGAGGGUCACCUGGAGUGGCGUGCCAGUAGGUCAGGAAGAGGUGACUAAGCGCAACUGGCAAGAGUACUAUGUGAGGAGCAUCAAGAAGACUUUCGGAUUUGGAACGAUCCUAUAG